GAGUGAAAACAGCGGCUGCCAGGAAGGGGCGGCGGGCGACGGGAGGAAGGGUGGAUGGCUGCAGGGAAGGGAGGGGCAGGUAUAUAAGCGGCGAUCAGUCCAGUUCCCCCUUCACCGCCACUGACGCCGCCGCCGCCGCCGCAUCAUCAUGAACGUUCGGACGGCUGCUCUCCUGCUGGCGACAUGCAGCUGUUACUGCCUCCUGAAGGGAUCGGCGACACCGCUACCCGACGCUGGGCUGUUCCGUAACGCCCCAGCAAGGGAGGUAUACAGCUACUCCGUGUCUCACACCGGCAACAGACACGCCUCCGCAGCAGUGGGUCGCAACGCUCCCAGGUUCUCCUUCCCUCCUCGCUGGAACCCUGUAGCAGGAUCCCGCCGCACCCCACGUCCAACCACCACCACUACUACCACCCCAGCCACCACCACCACCACAACCACGACCACAGCCGCACCCGCUCCCGAAACUCCUGCCCCAGUGACCUUGGAGCAAGAGGCCCCCAUGCCUGACGCUCCAGCCCCUAAUGUCCCCAGCCCGGAGGUCCUCACCAGCGAUGUUCCUGAGGGCCCUGCCACUGAUGUCCACGACUCUGAAGUCCCUAACACUGAUGCUCAUCUCUUUGAGGUCCACGCCAGUGAUGUCCCUACCCAUGAGGUCCCUACCAGUGAUGUCACUCCGUCCAAGGUCCCUGCCAGAGACGUCCCUGCUCCUGAGUCUCCUUUCCAUUUCCUUGUUUCCGACCUUGCAGCUUUCGAGGCCUUGAUUCCCUCCAUCCCUAAUCACGAUCCCCCCGCCCCCCACAGACUCGCCCCUAGGAGACCCAUCACAGAGGUUCCUGAGCCUGAACUGUCUUACUAUCAAUAUGAGGACAAGCAGGACUACUUCGAAGUGCAGGAGCCUGUGCGCCCCGCCAGACCUGAGCCAGCACUAGAGCAAAACUUUGUCCAGCCCACCACCACCACCCCUAAGCCCCUCUCGCCGGAACAGCACAGAUUAGCGCAGUAUUCCUUCAGAUCAGUUUUCGGCGGGUAAGAAGCAGACACGCAGCAUUGCCUCCUCCAGCACUACCCAAGACUUGACGAGCCAGACUGUUGUGUGUUGUGUCUUUCAUGACCAGAACCUUAAUCUCAGGUGCCACACGAGUGUUAAUGUAGCUUUUUUAUACUUAAAUAAAGAAAAGACUCUU